AUGUGGAAGCUCCAAACAUUGAUCGGGACCCUGGGUAUCCUCUUCUCCCAGUCCAUAAUAACCUCCGCAGAGGAGAUUGUCACCUGUACCGCCUUGGCAUCGAUCGAGAAUGGAUCUUUUGAGGAUGGACUGACGAGUUGGGGAUUCGCCUCAGGGACCUCGGGCUCCGUAGUGAGUGGAGAUGCAGCAGAUGGCAGCAUGUAUCUACAGGCAUCAAACGUCCGAAGCUCUACGAUUCUACUGUAUCAACGCCUGUCUAAUCUUUUACCCGGAACCACCUAUGCCGUUUCAUUUGAAUACCGCAUUUCCCAUGCUUAUAGCGAUCCAAUUUUGACCUGUUACUUCUCAAUGUACAUGGACUCCUUCAGUACAUCUGGGCUUCUUGGUUCUACCGGCGGCAUUGUGAUUGACACCACCACCAACUGGGCUACUCUAUCUGGCUCAUUCACGCCAACGAGCGCUGGUACUCAUACUUUUGAGAUUUAUGGUUACUGUAAUGCUAAUCCCUCAUAUACUGGCGAUGCAAUCGAGAUCGACAACGUUGUGCUUCAAGGUGCAACCGAGAGUAUAUGCACCACAGUUACCGUCAUUCCAACUUCCACGGCUACACCUACUCACACUCCUACCCUGACUCCUACUACAACUCCCACUCUCACCCCGACACUAUCGCCAUCCCAUUCGUCGAGUCUUUCAAGUUCAUCCAUUGUUUCGUCCUCGUCUGCACUGCAGUCCUCAUCGAGUAUUCGGGCCAGCUCUUCCGCCUCAUUGCCAGUCACUCAUCCAACAUCCCCUGUUGUCUCACCAAGCUCAUCGAUUCCCCACGUCUCAAACUCUGGUAGCUCGACACCUGUGAGAAGCCCCACAGUCUCUCCAUCAUCUAGCCACAGAGCCACGACUACAGCCAUUCCUACUUCUACGCCGCUGACUCACCAAACCUCUCCUUGCUCUACGCAGUCAACUCAGUCAUCAUCUACCACUGGCGUAUAUACCUCCCAAUCCAGCCAUGUUUUUUCAUCAGCUAGUACCACUGCAACAACCGGGACCGGCUCUGGACAAACCUCUGAGUCUCUCUCCAGCUCUUCCACUACAUGUGAUACUUCCGCUGUUUCUUCCUCCACUGGUUCUUCCUCCACUGGAACUACAUCCACUGGUUCUGCCUCCACUGGCCAUGGCUCUACCUCUACUUGCUCUACUGACUCUACCUCCACCGACUCUACAUCUGCUCCACCUGGUACCGAGACGACGAUUAUCACCGCUAGCUCGGGAUCCACCUCGAAUACCAACCAGUUCACCACCUCCACAAUCCUGAGCACCCGCACAGCUACCAUCACAGCUUGUCCGUCCAGUGUUACCGACUGUCCUGCCCGACAAAAGACUACUUACACGAUAACGGACACGAUUGUUGUCUCAACAACCAUCUGCCCAGUAACAGCCACUGAGACUGCUCAAACAGCUGCCAGUGUCCCUGUUGUAACUGGUACUGGAACUGUACCUGCUUCUAUUACCAGCACAGGUGAUGAGGGAUAUACUACUUCGACCAUUUUCAGCACACGUACCUCUACUAUCACUGCCUGUCCAUCUAGUGUCAUUAACUGCCCUGCUCGUGAGAAGACUACAUACUUUACUACGGAGACUAUUGCCGUGUCCACCACCGUCUGCCCUGUUACUGCAGCGGAAGCUACUCAGACCACCUCCAGUGUUAUCGCUGGCUCCAGUUCUGACUCUAUAUCUACCGCAGGCAGCGGCUCUGGAGGCACUGGCCCCGAAUCCACUACCAUUAUUGCAUCUGGCUCAACGCCAUUGCCAACUUCAGGAGGCGGUUCUCAAGGGUCCGGCAGUGUUGGAACAACUGGAAGCCUAAUUUCUACUUCUGUGCUGCCAGUCGCCCCAGCUUCCUCCCCUGACUCAACUAUGGUCACGGUUGUAAGCUCGUCUGGCAGUUCCGCCUUGGCAUCCUCUUCUGCAGGCGCUUCCCAAAGUGGAACCAGUUCUUCCACGACAGCCACCAGCGCUCCUCUGUUCAAUGGCGCUUCUGCGUCAUCAUCUGGCCUUGCCACAACAAAGCUGGCUUUGGCUUUCUCGCUCCUCGUGACAUUGGCAUUCUUUGUCUAG